CCGUGGGGGGGGGGGGGGAGAGGAGCAGAAUUGUGGAAGGCUUCGGCGCCUGCGCAGUGGCUACGGAUGCUGUUGGUCGGUUGCGCCGCGCCCCCGGGGAAGACUGGUCGGAGGGUGUUUCAGACAGAGGGAGCGAGAGCACCGGGUCCGCGGAGAAGGAGGGCGUAACAACAGCAGCGGCGUGUGGGAGGGCGGUUGACUGGCUGGCUGCACGAGGUGGGGGGAAGUGGGUGAGGAGGACCAGGAGGGGGUGGGGAGAGCGAGGGGGAGAGAGAGGCGGGGUUGAGCGCGCGCGCACGCGAGGAGGAUGUGAAGAUGGCGGAGCUGCAGAUGCUGCUGGAGGAGGAGAUCCCGGGGGGGCGCCGGGCCCUGUUCGACAGCUACACCAACCUCGAGCGGGUCGCCGAGUACUGCGAGACCAACUACAUACAGUCAACAGAUAAACAACGGGCCCUAGAAGAAACCAAAGCAUACACAACUCAGUCUUUAGCAAGCGUAGCCUAUUUGAUCAAUACUUUGGCCAACAAUGUCCUACAAAUGCUGGAUAUCCAAGCAUCCCAGCUUAGACGCAUGGAAUCUUCAAUCAACCAUAUUUCACAAACAGUUGACAUACACAAAGAAAAAGUGGCCAGAAGAGAAAUUGGCAUCCUGACUACAAACAAAAACACCUCAAGAACGCAUAAAAUCAUUGCACCAGCCAAUUUGGAGCGACCAGUUCGCUAUAUUAGAAAACCUAUUGAUUAUACAAUUCUAGAUGAUAUUGGGCAUGGAGUAAAGUGGUUGCUUAGAUUUAAGGUUAGUACACAGAAUAUGAAAAUGGGUGGACUGCCUCGUACAACGCCACCCACCCAGAAACCACCCAGCCCACCAAUGUCAGGAAAAGGAACCAUUGGCAGCAGCGGGAGCAGUGGAGGGAGUCACCCCAGCAGUAGGAGCAGCAGUCGAGAGAACAGUGGAAGUGGAAGUGUGGGAGUCCCUAUUGCUGUCCCCACUCCAUCCCCUCCCAGUGUGUAUCCAGCCCCUGCUAGCUCCGCUGGCACUUCUCCCCUACCUACUACUUCUGCCCCUGCUCCCACUCCUCUCCCUCCUGCUACUGCCCCAUCCUCCGCUGCCCCAGAUGCUGCGGCUGCUGCUGCAGGGGCUCAGCCCCUUGCUGAUGGCUUCACUUCUCCAACUCCCCCUGCUGCCUCUUCCACUCCUUCUGCAGGUCAUCCUGUUCAGUUCUACAGCAUGAACAGACCUGCAACUCGGCACACCCCUCCGACAAUUGGAGGCUCUUUGCCAUACAGGCGUCCUCCCUCCAUCACUUCACAGAAUAGCCUUCAAAACCAGGUGAAUGGAGGACCAUUUUAUAGCCAGAACCCAGUGUCUCUUGCACCACCUCCUCCCUCCAUCCUACAGGUAACUCCUCAGUUACCACUAAUGGGAUUUGUGGCCAGAGUUCAGGAAAAUAUUUCAGAUACACCACCUCCCCCACCUCCUGUAGAUGAACCAGUCUUUGAUGAGUCCCCACCUCCACCCCCUCCUCCAGAAGAUUAUGAAGAGGAGGAAGCAGCUGUGGUUGAAUACAGUGACCCCUAUGCUGAGGAGGAUCCACCAUGGGCACCAAGGACCUACUUGGAGAAAGUUGUGGCAAUCUAUGACUACAGUAAAGACAAGGAGGAUGAACUCUCCUUUCAGGAAGGUGCCAUCAUUUAUGUCAUAAAGAAAAACGAUGAUGGGUGGUAUGAAGGUGUAAUGAACGGAGUAACUGGACUCUUUCCAGGGAACUACGUAGAGUCCAUUAUGCACUACUCAGAGUGAAGACCACCAUGGCGAGGGGCAGAAUGGUACCUUACUCACCCGGGGAUUGUGGGGCUCCCCAGAUUUCCACCAGCACCUGGGGGACCCAGGCAAGUGAACUGAAUGAAGGAAGGAUCAUUGUAACAAACCACUCUUUUUUUUCUUUUCUUUUUUGCUUUUUUCCUCCAUUUUAUAAAAAAAUGAUUUGGUUGUUUGAAGAAAUGGCUCUUCCAUUUGCCAGCAGCGGCUGACCUGAGCUGAAUGACAUAUUAAGAAACUGACUCAUUCAGGUGUAGAUAUAGGAGAUGUAAUGAACUUGCCAAUUAAUGGAUCCAUUGCUCAAAUUGUGACCCAUUCAAUCAAGACAUGGGAUUUUUCUCAGGAAUAAUGUACACCCUGGAAUUGGGACAUCCUGGAUGCCGUGCUGAAGGAUUGGCUUCGAAAAGCCAUCCACCCCUCCCUUUUCUCCCCACUUCCCUAUUCUACACUCUCUUACUAUUGGAAGAGUAUCAUGGUACUGGUAAAUAGUUUGGAUUCACAUACCACCUGGAUCUCAGGUUGGUUCUUUGCAUCUCUAACCCAAACACUUUGGCAGCUGCUUAGCACACCUAGCCUGAUCUGGGGCACACAUGGAGCUGCUUUUGAAUCACCUGCUCUUAUUUUUGAUAGCCUAGGAGGAAGUAGCAAUGGAGAUGGCCACCCAUUAUAUAGAACUAUGUAAGUCAUAAGCUAGGCCUCUCAUAGAUGUUAACAUUCUUGUUCAGGAGUCAAAAGGAGAGAUUCUGAAGGUUCAAAAUUAAGAUUGAGCUAUGUCCUUGGUAAAGUUUGAUACCAGCCAAGUGGAGCUGUCUGAAAACAGUCUUGUUCUGCUUCCCAAUUUUGCAGAAUAUCCAGGGCCUUAUGCUUAUUCUUCUGGUGUGCUAUAUUAAUGACCAGAUUGCAUUCAGAGUGUGUGUAAUCCACAUCUUGUGGAUUUGCACAUCGGGCUUCAGCCCUGGUUUUUCUCACCAAGGCUGCCUGCAGUAUUCUGAAAUUACCUCAUGUUUUAUAGUUUCUGAGAAUUAGAAUGUGGAUUGAGUGUCUCUGGAGAAGGGGAGAGUUUGAAUUUUUUCGCAUGUUUCAGCUACGUUUAUCCCAAAUGUCAUCGUCAUGCAUACCAAGCAGAUGGUAUGGCUUGGCUCUUAGUUUUGUUUUCAAAUUUUAGUACAUAUCUUGAAGGGCCUGUGCAGGCAGACAAGGAGCAGUAAUAUUACCUAGGUCUGUUGGUUGAUCCUUCUUAUGAAUACAAAAGGCUGUCAUAUGACUGACUCUCUUGGAAAAUUAAUCAGAAACAGAUGAGAGUGUUAGCUGCUUUUUCUCCCAUCUAUAAAACAGUGGGUGUCUUUUCUGUAUGUGAAUGGAAGCCUGCUGCAAUGGCAUCAUGUGGUGUUAGGUUACAGUGAUCUGUUGAGCACACCCUCAGUAACUGAAAAGAAGUGUACCUAGAAUGGCAAGUUGUGCUAGUCAGCCCCCCUCCCCUGCCCCGCUUUCAAACAAAAAGGUAAUGUUCAUUCAUUAACUCAGCAAAACUUGGUUUUGCAGGAAUCUACUUUCUAGAUCUGAGCAGGCUUUACUGGUUUAGACUCCAUGACUGAAGGGUUAGAUAAUCUUCAUGCACUAUUUACAUGAGCCUUGAACAAACUUCAGGUGAUACCAAGAGUAGUUAUUCAAGCAUAGGUAAUUGUAGCCCCUGCUUAUGUGGGUGAUCACAGUGUGUCCACAAAAAUUACAAAUGGAAAAGGCUAGCAGUCCUGCUUUUUUGAUUAAAUUUUAUUGAAUGGGACCACUUUUCAAGUCUAUCUUGUUGAGAGGAGUCUAGGUUGUAUUUUAGGUCCUGGGUUCUCCAAGAACACAGUGGUUCUACAGACAGUGGAGUACAAGAGCAAGUCUCUAGCUCACACUGCUGUCUCCUGUAGAGAGUGUGUGAUGACACCAUUUAUCUGCCAUGAGAAUGAGUGGACUUCUGGCUCUGGCAUAAGUGUGCAUUGGAUGUACAUGUGUAGGUGUCAAUUUAUAUAACAUUUUUGUGUGGCAAAAGUGUGCAAGAGCUUGAGAUGCACCCCACCCCGUGAAGAACUAUAUGGCAGUGCAGGCAUCUACAUGUGUUGCCCUGGUCAUCAGGACCCCCCUGCUUAGUGCAACAUGGGUCUCCCAAUUCUGAAAUGGGAAAGGACAGGCCUCUCAAAGGGUGCUGAGCUAGGAGUUUGCCUGCUCCAAAGUCUAAUGUGAUGUGAAAGAUCUCCCAGGUUUUCUGGCACUCGCAAGUGAAUUAUGGAAGGGAAGGGUGUGACAAAUUACUUCUCACUAUUAGCCAUGGCAAAGUUUGCGGGCCACCAUGCUGUUGACACUUGUGAGAACUAGUUCAAACGUGAUGGAAAACUGGGAAGAGAAAUGUGAAAGUUGUCAUUUUCUUUCUCAUACCCUAUGUAACUGCUAUAUGUUAUAGAGCUUUUGCAAUUGUGGGUAAUCUGAGGGGAACAAUGCAGAAUGGAAAGAUAGCAUAAGGAGGCUACAGUUAAAGCCCUCUCACUUUAACUGCUGCUAUGCAGAGAUGAACUUCCUUCUUCUACGGAGGCUCAACUUCCUGUUCUUCCCAUUACUUAUGCACUUUAUGUGUGGCACUGGGCCCUGCAUCCUAUGGUCAACUUUUCAAGACUGCUUUUCCAGUUAUCCCCCCACUGUCUCUCUUCUUAAAAAAAAAAUUAGGUUGCCUUAGCUUUGGAUUCUUCACAUCUGAACUGAGUCAGUCUCUUCUCUGCCCUUCUGAAAAAUGUCACAAUAUCAUUCAUCUUGGAUUAAGUGAUUUGAGCAAGCGUUGCCCCUGGAGUUCUAGUCUCCAAGCAUUAAUGCUGAUAAUAGUCAUAAAGUAUGCCACAUUUUUGCAAGGUCCUAACCAGCAGAGCAAGGUUUCAGUCCAAGAGCAGAUGCAUACCAGAUCAAGGGUCAUGUUUCUGUGGUGCAGUGUAAAUUGAAUUCCAGCAUAUUCCUCACAUUUUAAAAAAAAUGUUUGAGGAGGCUUCUGAAAUGGUAGUUUAAAAGAAAACAUGCUUUCUCUGAAAAUUGGCUUAUAUUCUCUGCACUGUUUAAGAUGGGCAUGAUUAUUUGGUUGUGUGGGGAGUCUCGUCUCAAGACUGUACACACCUUCUAGAGGCAGGCAUGUUGCCUUACAAGGCUUGCUGCUGUCGGAGUUUGUAGCUGCUCCCAGGCCAAGAUCAUCCUCCUGCAGAGGGUGUUUCUAGAUUUCCUGCUUCCGGCUGGUUUCAUGCUUUUUAUUUUGCAGUAUUAAUGUUGUAAAAAAAUUCCUUGGGUUUUAUUCUUUUUAAAAUUUUGAACAAUUCUGAAUUUUGUAGAAUGUCUAGGGAUGAUGCUAUGUACAAGGCCCAAAGUAAUCAGACUUUGUAUGUAUGUAAUGUUGCAUAGACUGCAUGCUAUUUCAAGUAAAUGAGGAUGGUAUUCCAACUCUUGGUUGUAAUUUUCCAACAUUCCCUCUUAAUUUAAUGCUGACUUUAAAAAGGGAGUGGGUGGGUAGGAAGGGAGAGGAGGGAGGGGCUGGGAGAUUUGAAGUAUACAUGGAUUUUCCCCUCACAGAGUCCUGCUGUCAAAAUUUUAAAGAUACGGAUCAUUCCAUUAUGUUGUUUUUAGUAUCUUUUAGUAUCUUGUAGGGAAUGCAAACAGUACUAGGGCCCAAUUUAUGUCCCAUUGUUAAACUAUGUUCCUUCCAAAAAAAAAAGCUUGCAUUGCUUCAGCUCCUGUUUUUUCACCUGUGAGAUAAUCGUGCACAGAGACCAGACUGUGCUUCUUUCUCUGCCCUGCCCCCAUCCCACCUGCAUGGUGGCUUCCUGCAGAAGAGCAACACUUCUGUUCCACAGCACCAGGAACAAAGCAAUGUUUCCUUGCAAAGAGAACUGUCAGUUUCAAAGAGGAAAGAUAAUCUCUGGUGCCUUUUUUUACUUCAGGCCUGAGGGCAGGUGGUUGUUUGUUUCCAGGGGCUGCCUUUGCCCUACUUUUGUAUAAAUUGCUGCUGUCUUUUUCUUUCGUUUUUCCUCAUCUGAUGGUUUGUACACACAGUAUUUAUGAGGCAAGUCAGGCUAACCGUGUAUUCCAGGUGAUGCUGAGGCUUGACUAAAGCUUUGCUCCAAUGCUACAUUGUGCACAACCAUGGCAAAAAGAAGAUAUUCUUGAUGUACAGUGUUGCUGGUGUGUGUGGGGGAUGUUACCUUUGGAGGUUGGGGAGAAGGAAGAGAAAAAAGGGAUCCAUAAGGAAAGAUGCUUAUUGCCAGUUUGCUGAUUCAGAGGAUUAAUUUCAGUGUGGUAAGUGCUGACAUUGUACAGCUGGUGGGAUGACAGUCUUUUGCUGGAGUUUUGUAUUCAUAGUGGUCCAUUCCCCCCGCCCUUUGGCCGCCAUUUUGAAUCAUGUCUUUUAAAAAAAUCUUCAGGAUACCCCUGCUCUCUCUUUUGACUGCCUUCUAUAAUUUUGCAUGUAUGUCCUAGGCACCAAAAGCCUAUUGAUUGAUACAGCAUGAUUAAAAAAACAGGCCGUUAUCACAGAGCUUUGCUCAAGAAAUUGGGCAAGCUAGCUCCCCCUUUCCUAAGACUCACUUUGGGUGGCAGCUGCUGGCUUAGCACAUAAGCAAUAGCUGUGUGGUGUGGGAUUUUUCUUCUUCUUUUUUAAAAGAGGGAGGAGUUGCUGGUUGACAUUGUCUCCUUAAAAGAGCAGAGUACUUCUUCUUUUUUUUUAAAGUAGCCUAUGUUCUAGAGAGUGCAGGUUCUAUUUUUGGAGAGGCAUUUUCAGUUAGUAGGGCUUUUCUUUGAAUGUGUUUCAGCUUCUGCUAGAUCUGAAAUCUCAGUGCUCUAUUUUCUCAGUGGCAGCCCACUUGCCUGUUGUCUGUGAGGCAAAAACAAAGCAUCAUGAUUUUUGCCCAUUGCAAAGAUUUUAGGAAACAAGUUUCUGGUAUACCGUUGAGUAUGCUCUGCUAGGGAAAAUACUUGCUCUGACAAAUGCAAGGCUAGUGGUGGGAGUGUUUUGUGCUGCCUCAGUGCUCUGAAUGGAAAAAUGGAAGAGAAUCGGUGUUUGUGUGUGUCUUGUGGCAGUAGCAUGUCUUUCAGUUCAGAUUUGCUGGAGCAGACAUCCACAGCAGUUUGGAAACGUUACAAGCAAUGAGAGGAAAAUUUAAGUAAUGGUAACAGUGAACAGCUUCUUGGUGAUGUUGCAUUAGCCGUGAUUUGACACAUGUAAUAGGAAGUAUUCACACUUUUGGCAUAGUGGUACUCCAUCGAGAGACGCUCUUGUUCCCAAAAAAGGGGUGUGCUGAUGUAGCUACCACUUAAAUGAGUGCAGCUUUCCUUCCAGUGCCACCAUAUCCCCGCACCAAAGGUUUGGAUGCCACCCUUAGUGUUCAGAGGCUGGGAAGCAGGCAUAGAUACCUAAAAACCAGUGUACAGCUAGUGAAUCUGAUAAGUGAUUACAGUGAUGGGAUUUCGGUCUAACAUACAGUAUUAUACACUGUCACUUUUACUGGAUGAUGCUAUAUUGUGUUGCAGGAUUCAAAUGCAGGUUGAACUAGCUGAUCUUGCUCAAACAUUUUCACCUAGUUUUUACCUGUGAGGAGUAUUGAAUUCAGCAUCACUCUCAACAAAUGACACGGUGGUGUCUCACCUUUUUAACCACCCCCCCCCAAGUGUAUUUUGGUAGAGGGAAUCACCUUGAUAGAGUAUUUUAGCAGCAGAAGACUGGGGCAAUGUUAUGUAUUGACAAAUAUGAAAGAGCACAGGUUGAUUUCCAGUAGGGCCUUGCUGAAAUGCUACUGUCAGAGUCAUGUAAAGAGCAGGUGCUUAUUUUUAUACAUUGCUGUUUUCGUUGUUUGUAUGGAUGAGUUUGUGAGUUGUCCCUCAAGCCUCAUCUGUAAUGCACUAUCAGUAAAGAAAUCAAGUACUCUAAUCUGGUUUACAAUUAGCAACUCUACUAUUAUUGGCAUUGUGUGCUCUGAGCUCUUACCAUGACCCAAUAGAUUGUGAAAACUGUGCAGGAUUCUGGGGAAGGCUGUGUUGCUGGUUUUGUUUUAUUGUGUGUGCCAUUUAAACCAUCUUCCAUUGAGUGGAGGAGCAUAAAUUUUUAAAAGUUUUUAAAUUGUAUUUGGAAUUAAUUGUUGCUGUGUACUAAACCCUCUUGUUAAAAAGUCUUAAAUAAAAACAAAAACAAAGAAAGCACA